AUGGCUCCAGGCGGCGGAGGAAACAUCAAGGUCGUGGUGCGAUGCCGACCGUUCAACAGUAGAGAGAUCGACCGCGGCGCAAAAUGUAUCGUGCAGAUGAAAGGUUCCCAAACGAUUCUGAGUGCACCGCCCGGUGCAGAAGCGUCAAUGUCGCGGAAAGGCACAAAGGGUGAAACCGGACCGAAAACCUUUGCCUUCGAUCGCUCUUACUGGUCUUUUGAUAAGAGCGCCGAGAACUAUGCAGGCCAGGACAAUCUCUUCGAUGAUCUGGGUUCCCCUCUCUUGGACAAUGCCUUUGGUGGAUAUAACAAUUGUAUCUUUGCGUACGGUCAGACUGGUUCAGGCAAGUCAUACUCUAUGAUGGGAUACGGAAAAGAGUACGGUGUCAUCCCGCGGAUUUGUCAGUCCAUGUUCGAGCGUAUCACCGCCAUCCAACAAGACAAGAACCUCAAUUGCACAGUCGAAGUGUCCUACCUCGAAAUUUACAAUGAACGCGUUCGCGACCUGCUCAAUCCGUCAAAUAAGGGUAAUCUGAAAGUCCGUGAGCACCCGUCAACCGGUCCCUAUGUCGAGGAUCUGGCAAAGCUAGUGGUUCGUUCCUUCGAUGAGAUUGAUCAUCUAAUGGACGAGGGAAACAAGGCAAGAACGGUGGCUGCAACCAACAUGAACGAAACAUCCAGUCGUUCCCACGCCGUUUUCACUUUGACCCUCACUCAAAAGCGCCACGAUGCAGAGACUUCCAUGGAUACCGAGAAGGUUUCGAAGAUCAGUUUGGUCGAUCUGGCAGGUUCAGAAAGAGCCAAUUCUACCGGUGCUACCGGUGCCCGUUUAAAGGAAGGCGCCGAGAUUAACCGCUCGCUUUCAACCCUUGGUCGUGUCAUCGCUGCGCUGGCCGAUGUCUCGGCGGGCAAGAGCGCCGCUGGAAAGAAGAAGGCUGCAAACAUGGUUCCAUACCGUGAUUCCGUACUUACAUGGUUGCUGAAAGACUCACUAGGAGGUAACUCCAUGACUUCUAUGAUUGCUGCCAUUUCUCCUGCAGAUAUCAACUUCGACGAAACUUUGAGUACUCUUCGUUAUGCCGACUCCGCCAAACGUAUCAAGAACCACGCCGUUGUCAACGAAGACCCGAAUGCUCGCAUGAUCCGCGAGCUCAAGGAAGAGCUGGCACAGUUACGCUCGAAGCUUGGAGGUGGCGUGGCAGGAGGUGCUGCAGGUGCGGCCGGCGGUAUGCCUGCAGAGGAAUAUUACCCACCCGAUACACCACUGGAGCAGCAGAUGGUCUCGAUCGCACAGGCGGACGGAACCAUUACCAAAGUCAGCAAAGCCGAGAUUGUGGAGCAACUCAACCAAAGUGAGAAGCUUUACAAAGAUCUCAAUCAAACAUGGGAGGAGAAGCUGCAAAAUACGGAGCUCAUUCAUAAAGAGCGUGAAGCAGCCCUGGAAGAACUUGGCAUCAACAUCGAAAAGGGAUUCAUCGGAUUGAGCACUCCGAAGAAGAUGCCUCACUUGGUCAACCUUAGUGAUGACCCCCUGCUGGCAGAGUGUUUAGUCUACAACAUCAAACCCGGCACUACUACCGUGGGACAUAUGGAUCAAGGCAACAAUGUUGAGAUCCGACUUAACGGUUCCAAAAUCCUUGAAAAACACUGCACAUUCGAGAGCGUGGAUAACAUUGUCACGCUUGUUCCUACUGAAGGCGCUGCAGUAAUGGUCAACGGCAUGCGAAUUGAGAAGCCCACACGACUGAAGAGCGGUUUUCGUAUCAUCCUGGGAGAUUUUCAUAUCUUCCGAUUCAACCACCCCCAAGAAGCUCGCGCCGAACGAGUGGAGCAGAGUCUGUUACGACACUCUGUGACGACCAGCCAACUUGGUUCCCCUGCACCGAACAAGUCUCAUGACCGUAAUCUCAGUAAGACUGGAUCAGAUAUCGAUGGCGAUUCAAGCAGUGCAGAUUCUCCAAUGCCGGCACGGGGCCGCGAAUCAGAUUGGUUCCUUGCUCGAAGGGAAGCUGCUAGUGCCAUGCUAGGUCCAGAUCAUAUCUCUAACAUGCCCGAUGAUGAGCUUGACACUCUGUUUGAAGAUGUGCAAAAGGCUCGAGCAGUACGCCGUGGUCUUCCAGAGAAUGAAGAGGAUUCGGAUUCACUCAACUCGUUCCCAGUGCGGGACAAAUACAUGUCCAAUGGAACCAUCGACAAUUUCUCUCUUGACACAGCGAUUACGAUGCCCGGAACACCGCGACAGAAUGAUGAGUACGAUGGGACCAAUGAAGUUUCUCUCAAAUCAGUACGGCAGGAUAUGCAGCGACAGCUGGAUCGUCAAAAGGAAGCUUUCCAGGACAAACUAAAAAAUGCAGAAGCUGCUUCCAACCCUGACUCGGCCGAAAUCCAAACCGAGAAACAGCGCAUGGAAAAUGCGCUCCGCUCUGCCAAGGAGGAAUUUGAGGAGCAGUUGAGGCAACAAAAGGAGGACUUUGAGACCCAAAUGCGUGAUAUGGGCCAGCCGAUCCCCCAGAUCUACGAGAAUGGCUUCGCGAAGCUGAGCGAGCGCGAGCUGGAGGUUGCAAAAUCUGUAUACACGCAUUGGUCUCAGCGGAACUACGUCCGCAUGGCUGAGAAGAUUCUGCAGCAUGCAUCCCUUCUGAAGGAGGCACAGGUCAUGAGCCAAAUCAUGGAUAAGAAUGUCGCGUUCCAAUUUGCCAUUGUGGACCACGGUCAUAAUAUGGCUUCAUCCUACGACCUUGUGCUGAAUGGGAUUUCGGGGGAUGAGGACGUCGUGCUUGAAGAGGCUAAGAAGCCUUGCGUCGCGAUUAGGGUCAUCGAUUACAAGCAAUCUGUGAUUCAUCUAUGGUCGAUCGAGAAACUCCAGCGUCGUGUUCAAUCCAUGCGCCAGCUACACCAGUAUAUAGAUCGUCCUGACUAUAUUCAACAUUUCAAAUUGGAGAAUCCCUUCUCGGAGCCUUGCUCUCCGCAGUAUUCUCUGAUUGGAGAUGCAGACAUUCCAUUGACCGCCGUUUUUGAGACACGGGUGCAGGACUUUGCCGUCGAAAUUACCUCCCCUUACACACAGAGUGUGGUUGGAAUCAUCCGCUUGUCUCUCGAGCCGUCUUCUGCACAGGCACCCUCUUCAACUCUGAAGUUCAAUGUCGUCAUGCGGGACAUGGUCGGGUUCGCCGAGUGGGAAGGAUCCGAUGUCCACGCGCAGCUUUUCGUCCCCGGUAUAUCCGAGGAAGGAGGUGCAACCACAACGCAGAUGAUCAACGGCUUCGAAGAAAGCCCGGUUCGAUUUGAAAGCGUGCACAGCAUGAGCCUUCCACUUUCCAGUCCGCGAACGGCUGCGUUGAAGGUCUGCGUCUAUGCUCGAGUGACAUCCGUACACCUGGACAAGCUUCUGAGCUGGGAUGACAUGCGCGACUCGGCGGAGAUCACGUCCCAGAAACGCACUGCGCCCAGAAUUGCAGAGUCCGAGUUCUAUUCUGAGGAACGACACGACGUUUUUGCUCGUGUUCAGAUAUUGGAGCUUGCCGAGUCGGGUGAAUAUACUCCAGUUGAGGUUGUUCAGAGCAGUCCCCUUGAUGCGGGCACUUAUCAGCUGCAUCAAGGUCUGCAGCGUCGGGUUUCGAUCAAUCUUACGUACAGUUCGACUGAAAGCCUUCCAUGGGAUGAAAUUACCAAUGCUCGCGUUGGUUCCGUUCGACUCCUUGACCCGUGGGGCAAGAUUCCAGACCAAGAUCUCCAAACUCCGGAUGUUCCCCUCAAAUUUUCGCAAGAGCCAAUGGUCAAAGAUAACGCGGAUGGAACCUCGAACGUUACAAUAGUGGGACAAUGGGAUUCCAGUCUGCACGGCUCUCUUCUUCUCGACAGGGUCACCGCAGACAAAUACCGAGUCCAAGUAACGGUUCGAUGGGAUCUCAAGUCUUCUCGUCUUCAGACUCCUGUCGUGUUUGAAGUUGAUCAGACCCUCCAGAUUCUGGGCCGCACCUAUGUCCGCCAGCAGUCCAUGUUUAAGCAGCUCUGGAGCUCAACCAGAGUCGUGCACUCGACAACGCGAAUGUACUCUUUGGUCAUUCGUCCGAUCUCGGCAAAACGCGCCGCUGAUCUCUGGCGGAUGAACACUCAGAACGAUUAUGUCAAAGGCGAAGAAUUGCUAACGGCUUGGGCUCCUCGUAAAGUGUCGCUGGUUCGAGAUUAUAUUGCAGCCCGCAAACGCCGAUAUCGCGUGGCCGAGUUGCAUGCCGCUCGUGGAGCCCUCAGCGCAGGCAGCCUGAUGGCAUCACCCAUGAAGUUAAUGCGCAAUCAAGAUCUCAACGAGCGCAAAUCCAAACUUCUCCAGAAGUAUGUUGACCUUUGGUCUACCAAAAAGGACCCAAUCGAGGUGAUCCUGGUCCGAAGCAACACCGAUCCCCCAACGGAUGGCGCAGCCAAAAACAAGGCCAACGGCACCGGCGCUUCAGACAAGACGUUGCUGAAGCCUCGCUUCGUGGCUACCAUCCAAACCCUGCCCAAGAAUCCGUCUGUCCUGAAGACAGGGUACGUCCUCACCCCGGACGACACCAACAGCAUCUGGGUCCGCCGAUUCGUGGAGCUUCGCCGACCGUAUCUGCACAUCUACAAUCCUGAAGGAGACGAGAUCAACGCCAUCAACCUGCGCAAUGCUCGCGUAGACCACGCUCCAGACUUUGCUCGCCUACUUGACGGCUCCGGCGCCGGAAACGAUCGCUCGAUCUCCGCUAGGGGUAGACCAAAUAUUUUUGCCGUCUACGGAACCCAGAACACAUAUCUCUUCGCGACGCGUACCGAGGCCCAGAAAGUGGAAUGGAUUCUCAAAAUCGACGAGAGCUACUUCAGCAGCGCUAGUGCCAGCGCUGCGGCUAGUGGCGACGAGAGGUCUUGGUAA